AUGAUGCUAGUCAAACUUGAUGAGUCUGGAAAAUGGGUUGUUACAAGAGUUGUUAAGGACCAUGCUCAUCCACUUAUAGUUUCUUCCGGGAAUUCUAUGGACGCAAAGGAUAUGAAGAUUGCGGAACUCACUAUGGACCUGGGGCGUGAAGAGCAAUUAUGUGGACAAUACCAUGAGCCACUACUUACAUUGCUGAAUAAUGUUGAGGCGGAGACGGAACUGAUAGCAACGAAAGUUAGAGGAGUCGUUAACCAUGUAAGAGAAUUUGAGACUGACGUUGAAGGGCUUCCACAAAAUCAAAUGGAGGCUAAAGUUCGACGGCUUCCUCCAAAUCAAACGGUGACUGAAGUUCAAGGGCUUCCACAAAGUCAAUCAGGCCACAAUUAG